UGCGAAGAGAGGGAUUAUAUGUCCUGUUACAGCGCUGGUAUGUGAGAGUGGCGUUAUUACAGUGAAUGGCAAGGAAAUUAGUGCAUCAUUACUGUCCCUCGGGAAACAGAUAGUGCAUGGCUAGUGGUGGGAGGCGGAGUGGAUUACCAGGCGCUGAGGGGAAAGCUUGUAAAGAAGUGCCUCGUCUGAAAAGGGAUUUCGAUGCAAGAGAAGAGAGGAAGAAAAGAUAGACAGCACUUCCCUUCUUCACUUGACGAAUCUUGAUGGACUUCACGUGUAGGAGACGCCGCCAGAGAUGACGAUGCCCGGGGAGGAGCCUGAACAGGAGGCAGUGUUGGCAUCCUUGGAGGAGGCUGCCGCGAUGGAGGAAACAGAGACCCUUGUAGGCCACAGCAGCCUGGACGAGGAAGAGGAGGAGGAGGAGGAGAAACGGGAGAAUGAGCGGCAUCGGCGGCGGAGGCAAGAGCAGCAGCAGCAGCAAGCAGCAGCGUCAGGGAUGGAGCAGCUCACGUACAGCAGGAUGACACACCUGCUGGCUGUCUACCAGAACAAGGUGCAGGAGGGUCGCCGUGUGAUCGCUAGUCUGAGGCGGCAGAAGGACUCACAGCUGCAGGCCGUGAUCAGUCAGCUGCUGCUCCUGGAGGCGCGGUUGCGGCGGGAGCAGAAAGGCAUCGUGGGUCAGCUGGCGCAGCGGGAUCAUGUCAUCGCUGCGCAGCGCCAGGAGAUCGACCGUCUGCGGCGCGACAACCGGCGCCUCAUCAACAGACUCAAGAAGGUGAGCGAGGCGUGUGAGACGGAGUGCCGCGAGCCGCGCCUCAAGGUGAGCCGUGUAGAGGCAGAGGAAGGGGCCAUGCCUGGACCCGCGGGGCACGCCGCCCCUGCCUCUUCCUCUCCUCCGGGACGCAGGUCGUCGCCCGGCGUGAUCCGUGUUGCCACCAGCGUCUCGGAACUCAUCAGCAGUGGCGGUGGCAAGGACCAGCGGUCCCCCGGCAAGUCACCACCUUGCGUGUACCAGGUGAGCGGGCGGGGCGGUAGCGGGGGUGGAGGGCAGCGACCUCCUCCCCCUGUGAACCCCAACGUGGCGUUGGUCCGGGCAACCACCGACCGAGUGUUCCACAAGCCACCCAUCGCUGAGAAGCCCCGCACGGCGGCGGGGCGGCCGGGGCGAGGGCAGGCGCCGUCCCAGCGCGCCCAGCACAUCGUCAGGAGCCACAACGGCAAGUGUACCAUUGUGUCCACCAUCAGCCGCCUGCUUGAGGAGGAGUCUGACGCCACCACCACCGGCAGCAGCGAGCCCUCCUCCCCCGAGGCCACCCUCAAGCCCCCCACGCCGAGGGUCAUCCGCCUCGCCCGCCACUUUGAGGAGAGUCUGGCCCCCCACCAGCAGCCCGCCGCAACCCAAGCCGGUCCCACCGAGUCCCCGGACCCCGCGCGCCGCGACGACCGCUCCUCCAAGUCGUACAUCAUGGACGAGUACGAGGUGACAAGUGGGUACAACAGUGACGCGGUGAGUGACCACGAGUAUGAGAACAUCCAGGUGGUGAGCUGCAGGGAGCCUGAGGUGGGCAAGCUGCACCAGAACUCACACAGCUUAUCAAGAGCGAAGGAUGAAGGUGCACACGAGGCUGUGGAUGGGGACAAGGCUGAGCGUGAGCAACAGCAGGAAGAGGACGAGGAGGAGGACAACUACGUAAUUCUGAGAGCUGUGACUGAGAAUCCAGACUCUGGCCACUGGGUGGACAUUCCUGAUGACCAACACAUCUACUCCAAUGUUGAGUUUUCCUCUGGACUCUUGAUUAAGGAGAUAGAGGAAGAGGAGGAAGAAGCAGUGGCAAGAGAAAAGGAGGAGAGUCAGAGAAGCCCAGAGGAAGCCAGGAACACCCGCCGGAAUCUUCGUAAUCGCUGUGAAGGUGAAAUGGGGCAAGGUGUCCUGGAAACCAACUUGGAUGCCUCCCCGAGUGCCCCAGCAUCUGACGGACACCAUUCCUCACACGUUGAGAACCUUCGAGCCGUCAAGAGUGUCAAUGUGCCACGCUCCCGACACAACAUCAACCUUAUCAUGGAGUCGGACGGAGACCACAUGACCGAGAACUUUGAGGAGUUUACCCUGGACUCACUGGAGCUGGAGGAGGAGCAAGAGAGGGAGGAGGAGGCAGCAGACAGAGGGAGAGGGAAGGAGAAUCUGCCUGUCCAUGAGCUACGGAGGUGUGGGGAUGGAGCUGAAACAAAGGACGGCAGAAGCAAGGAGGUGCAGCGGGAGGCCGUUGAGAGUCUGGGUGUCGCCUCACCUAGUAACUAUGGCAGUGGACAGUAUGAGAAAUUCCUGGAAGCGACAGGUCUCAGCCAGAAGUCCAUCCUGACGCCCACACGCAUGUUUUCAAACCACCGAUCUGUGCUGAAGCCAAGGGACAUCAAGCACCGCAACAAGCUCCGUGCGGCCUUCACCACACUGUCCACCCUGGAGGAGGCGCCAGGACCCACAGGAGGCAGCCGCUACUGGACGGAGCCAUACCUCUAACACCUACCUCAGGCCUGGCGCUGAUGGGCUGUGCUGCCAUGAGCCUUACCUGUGUGCUGAAUGGUAAUUUUCCCAUUGACCGUGAUUGGAAAAUUAGGCUUAGUGGUACCUAAUAUAAGGCUCAUUGUAGCUUAGCAUGUAGCUCCAUUGAUUUUUGUUUCUUUGUUUUUUUUCCUUGUUCCCUCCACUAUUGGUUAACGUCCAUAACUUUACCCUGGUUCAGUAUUUCUAGAGUUAUGCUGUUUUGAUUCUCUCCUUCUGCUGCAUUUCACGUUUGUUCCUGUUUAUUUUCUCCCGGAAUGUUUGUCGUGUUAUGUGUUGUAACGGUAUCAUUACCUCACUGUGCGCCACUGACACGGCUUAGACCAGGAACUUGCAUGCCAGUCAUUCACUCCCUUCAUGGUGAGUGGAUGGCUGACUGGCCGAGAGGGAGAAUGAACUCAACUAACUAUUUUUUUUUGUCUUUUUCUCAACCGUUUUAUAUUUAUGGUAUGGGGUGUUACUUUAUUUAUUAUUUAUCUCCAGUGGCCAGCAGUGGUUGACUAAGCUGAUGUGAGUUCACUGAUGUGGUGUAAGAUUUGACUUGGACUUGAAUUUACUGGUAUGUUUUACAAUUUGGCUUUGACUGAGACAAAUUGACUGGUUGGUUUGGUUUGUGAGUUGACUUGACUCAAGACCAAGACAAGUUAACUGAAGUGUUUGAUGUAUUAAUUUGAUUCAACAUGAGUUAACUGAUAUGUUAUGCAGGUUAACUCUGAUGUUAGGAGAGUUAACUGAUACAUUUUGGGAUCAUAGUUUAAUGUAUUACUGUUCCAUUGAUGCCUUUCUCCACUUAGCAAAUUUGUAAUUCAUAUUUAUGAAUAUAUUUUCUAAGUAUGUGUAUGAUAAGUGAGUGGAGUGUGAUGGGGAGAGAAAACAGGAUGAAACAGAAGCACUUUAUAACUGUGACACCUGUUGUCUUCAUACUCUCAAGAAGGCAAGAGAAAAAACAUAGUAAUGAAAUACAUCUGCUUUAUCCUGUGCUUCCUCUCACCACCAUGUUCCUCUUACUUAUGCCUGUAUGCUCUUAAUGGGUAAUACUGUAAAAAGUUCCAGUUUGGUAUUAGUAUUUUUCAGGAUCUUAGUACACACUCCUCUCUUGAUAUAUUCAUGAACAGCUCUGGUUAGAAAGGAUAUCACAUUUCAGUGACCUCAGCAACUUUCAUUCACCAGGUCCUACGAUGAUUUCCCUUUCCUCUGACUCUUUACAUUUCAUUGUUUGCCUUUUACUUUUUUGUUUUAACACUAACUUUUGUCUAUGAUUGUAAAUUUGCCACUACUGUCUGUUCAUUCCCAGCUGUACUUGAGGUCUUCUUGCAGACUCAGAAUCUUUAGUAGUUAGUUCACUGUUUGAAGUUCAAUGGUUUUACUAAUCUUUUUUUAGACUUGGAAGUUAAAUUGUGCCAGUGAAGCAUUGAUUAUCAAAUAGUGAUUUAAGCUUUUGAAUUUAAGUGGUUUUACUAUUGGCUUCUUUAUUUAUCUUUGUUCUCUGUUGUUUCCGUACUGUCUUCCAAAUUCCUUCUUAUUUCUUAUUGUCUUCUAGUUUCUGCUUUGUACAUUUUGUUAUUGUUUUCUAGCUUUUCUUUCUUUUUCUUAUAAGAGGACCUCUGGGAAUGGAAGAAAAUAACAGACUAGAAGGAAAAGACUUUCCUUAUUUCUUAUUAUUCAUUGUGUGAAUAUGUUUUUUUUUCUUACAUCCGAUCUUUAUAACUAACCAAGUCUGUAUCUUGCUGUAUUAACUAAAUCAGUUUUCUCCUCUUCUAUUGUAAACUAUCUUUUCUUCUUUUUUUAUAAUUGUCGUACAUUAUCUCCUCAUCUUUUCAUGUUUAGUGGGAGGAAGAGAGCAGACACAGUUGAGCUAUCUAAGAAUGUUUAUGUGUAGGUCUGACAAGUGUUGGAAUAAAAUGUGUGUUCUUUCUCCUCAAGAUACCACACAGACUGUGAUGUCAUUGCUGCAUGGGAUUCAUAAUCAGGCGUAAUAAGAACUCAUUAAUUUUAUCAGAGAAAUUAAAUUGUAGAUAGAGUUUUGAAAGAUUUUGUUGGCAGUGUAAGUUAGAAAGUUUUAUUUGUAGUGCUUGCAGAUGGGAUGAUGUAGUUUUGAAAAGUUUCAUUAGCAGAUUAGGUGAUGGCAUUUGUUAACAUUGAAGUCUUGAAGUUUAUUUGGUAGUAGAGGUGUAAAAAGUGCUGAUCUCUGGAAAAUUUUACCGUUAUGGAUGUUAAGAGAAGUUGAGAGGGGUGUGUAUAAGUCCUGAUAGAUAUUAAUAGCCAGCAAUGAGUAUGUACUGAGAGCAUUCAUGAUUAAGAGAAGGAACAAAAAACAUAGAUGAACCUUUGGUAGUGUUUUGCAUCACUCACUUUCCACAAUCUUUCUUGACUGUAGAUGGUUAAGCAAGAUGCAGAAUCUCCUAAAUGUUCCCUUUCUCAUUGAAAUCUCUUAGUGGUAACUGGUUUGCUAAGAUGGAGAUUGGCUAGAAAAUAACAGAUGAGGCACAAUAAUGGUAACAGGAUGAUUUUUCAGUUCUCAUUUCACUCAGAGCCAAAAAGUAUCCCCAAAGAAUGUAUUUAGUGUCAUUAUGAAAGAAUGAGGUACAGAUGCCCUCCACUUCAGCUUUCAAGAGACAAUUUUAGUGAGCAAGGAUGUAACGACAGAGAGGAAAAGAUUUUAAUUUCUCUAAUUACUUCCUUUGCUCUCAAUAGUGUCUUUUGAAGUUGUUUUGUAAGCAUGAUCCAGACCAUUCAUUAAGCAUAAUGCCCCUAAAUAAUUAUACUGAAUAGUAAUAAAACCACAAGUACUAAAAGAUUUAAACUAUGGUAAGUUUUUGCUUUCAAUGGUAUCUUUCCAAAUUAUCAUAAAGAUUUGUGUAACAACGUCUUAUAAAGCUAAAGAGGAUGUCUUGCAAAGGUUAGCUCUAAAUACAUAAGUGGAAAACAUCUACGUAUAGGGAAAUGCUCGUUUUUCAUGGUGGAAGAUGACAAAUGAUAUAGAAAUAUGUGUGAGGAAUGUAUUAUGUUAUCUGCUGUUUUUAUUGAUGGAUUGUUUUCUUAAACAUUUAGUCAUCAACAGGCUCUUGUGGGAGUUACUGGUGUUCUCAAGGGUGUUUUCACAAUUCCUGUAAUAGUUUAACAAAAAUUCUGCAUCCUUUGUAAGAAAAACACAUGAGAACCCAACCAAUAAUCAUGUGGCCUUUGAAAAAAUAAUCAUUAUGAGAGAAUGAGUGUUUCAAAAUAUGGGCUCUAGAUUCCAUGAGGUGAAAGAAUCUCUGUGUUUGUAUUCAGUGCUAGACUACAACACACACUGGAGGAUGAAAGAAGCAAGAAAGGUAUGGUCAGGAUCAAGCACCACCACCACUACCACCACAGAAAGAUGAAUCUCAAAAACCUGCAGCUUGAAUAAAAUGAGUCAUAAAUGGAAGAUUGUACUUGCUGUUUUUGCUGUUUACCUAUGAUGCUGAUGCUUCUAAAGACUAUUUCACGUAUUUGCUAGUAUUUCAUAUUUCCUAAAUUCUUUGAGUUUUUUAUGUUUAGUUUUAUUACUGAUAUAUCUUAAAAGUAUUAGUCUAUUAUUUUAUAUGUUGUGAAAUUAUAGAUAAAAAUUCAGUAGCACUCUUUACUACGUUUACAGGAGUCCCAAUGUGAUAUUUGAUGGCACACUGUCAAGAAUUAGAGUAUUUUCUGUUAUAAUCUAUCAGUUUUCCAUACUGAGACAAGUACAGAGGAGGAACACUGUACAUAUGAAUAUGAGAUCAGACUGUGUGUCCUGUUAGUUGAGUCACAAAGGCAAUGUUUGAUGCAGGAACUAAAAUGCACUGUACCAUAUUGCUUUAUCAAUUUGUUUGGUUUAUAUGUACCUUUAUUUAUCAUUUUCUUAUACGUAUAUAGUUUCUGAGGCUUUCUAUUUUAAGGCUAUAAAUUCAUUCUAGAAAGACUGAUGCACGAAUUGAAACGUGUUGUGUAUGUUAAUAGAAUUUAA